AUGCUCGCCGACGACGGUCUUCUGGUCACCCUUCGCUCCGGCCUUGGAGUUGGUCUGGACUCCCCGGAUUACCUCUCUACGCUUCGGCAUUCCUUCCUCAUUUGCCAGGAAGGUUCGUCGGGACUAUGCGUGAUUGUCGACCCUUUCUUUCGGGAGCAGUUCAAGGUCGCUGGCAUGCCCCAAAACAGCGCUUACUGUGCAGCUGUUGCUAACCUGCCGGUGUGCUUUGUCGGCACAAUCGGCACUGUCAAUGCUCUCGUCUGUCUCCUCACCGGCACGCUGCUGCAAGAAGCCUCCGUCUUGGGCAUCGACCUGCCGCCCUGGCGCAGCAAGCAGGCUCUUCUGAGCAAAUGGCUGCCGCGACGCUUCUCCGACUCGGUCUUCACACCGCCGUCCUUGGGGAACCUGCACCCUGCUCUGCGCAGCAGCGUACAUGGCGACGCUCUGUCCACCUCCCCCACCUCCAUUCAGAGCUGGCCCUCGCUGACAGGCGCUAACAGCGAAAUGGCAAGCUCCAACGGCUCAUCCUCGGGUGUUUGCGGCAGCGACACAACCACCACUGCCACCUGCACCACUGCCGGUCGCACCUCCUGCAGGUCGCAGUUCAAGCCCCACAGCGUGGUCACCGGCUUCACUGCCCCGGCGCCCACAUUCCCCGCCAACGCGCCCUGCCAAGCUGCGCCCCCUGCCGCCCGCUCUGCAUCCACCAUGUCACCAUCCUGUCGCCCUAUGGCGCGAUCAGCCCUUACAGAGCAACUCGUCUCUGCUACAAACCUAUCCCGCGAUGUGCAAGCCAAGGCGGCGGCUCAUUGGCAGCGCUACUUUCUGAAUCUGCACGACCCCCAUCAGGCAACCCAGCAGCCGCUGUCCAGUGCGACUGUGAACAGCCCUGCCGCCGAGGCCACCACAACUGCUUAUGCCGCCGAUAUCUGCGGUGAUGACAGCUUGGAGGCUUCCGUGCCGAUUCGCAGGAAAGUCUGUAACGGCAGUGCAGGUUCCGGAGCCAGCAACUUGGUGGUUUCUCUGGUGCAUCACCGGGCUGCGGCCUGCGUGGCGUGCCUCAAGUGCGGUGGUGGAAACGGUUGUAACUUGAAGCUGUCGUCGGCGGCGUGUAAGAUGCUGCCGCAGGUGUACAUUGUGAGGCCGAUGGCAACCGUAGAGGCGUGCUGA